AUGCAAUCGAUCCACGAUCCACAGGCGCAGCCUGGGGAUCAGCCUCGGAAGAAGAUCCGAAAGGGGACCCACAGUUGCUGGCAAUGCAAACAUCGCAAAGUCCGCUGCAAUUUUGCCUCUGAUAGCGACCAGAGCUGCAAAGAAUGUCUCGCCCGGGGACUUCUAUGUCGCAGCCAAGAAUUCCCGGAGCCUGAGAAUCCCCGCGAGUCGGAUCGUACAUAUCUGAACGAGCGGAUGGCUCGGGUGGAGACCUUGUUGGAAAAGCUUCUGAUACGAGUCGACGGUGGGGGCAGUCAACAGCGAGAUUCGAAAUCACUCCUAGAUUCAGUUGAAGCCAGUCCCGAAUCGAGUCCCCCGAUCGUGACACCAGCGACCGCGACACCAGCUGCAGGUAAUGCUCCAGUUCUGUCUCUUUUUGACAAUGAAGCGCUAGGUUUCCAACGAUCAGACACCGUUGCGUCCGAUUUCACAUCAUAUGGCACGACCAACCGCGACUGGGGGAGACUGCGCCGCGAACUUUUAGCCUUGCUGCCUUCCAAGAAGACAUUGAAAAUUAUAUCAGAGGCUAGCAGUAGCUGGUGGCUCAUGCGCGUACAGGUAUUCGACGACCACGAUAAAACAUUGCUUUCGUCCUCGGUGCAAGAGCUUUCACAGCGCCACCCAACCGCGGUUGGUAAGGCGAUCUUGUGGAUUGCACUGUGUCUCCAACAACUCCCUUCGGGGUUUGAUUUGCCCUCUCUCGAGCUUCCCUGUCUACCAUGGGUCCUAGUUGAAGAAUGCGUCACCCGUGUUUCUACGUUCGUCUGCUCUGAUGACUCUAUUGUCAGUUGUAUUGACGGGCUUGAGUGCUUGAUUCUGCAAGGGUUGAUCUUUAGCAACAGUGGGAAGCUACGAAGUGCAUGGCUCUGUAAUUGUCGGGCUGCCAACAUCGCUCAGCUAAUCGGGUUCCACCGUGCUGAACCAGCUCCCAAUGAAAGUGCCGAGUAUCAACAUCGGGCUACAUUCAUUUGGAGACAUAUUCUCAUAGUUGACAGGAAUUUUGCACUGAUCCUUGGGGUGCAUGGAUCUAUAUCCAAUACAGCAAUAGAUCAAUAUCAAUCCAACCCAAGCGACUCUCAAGAUUCACCUCCCUACCAUGAAUCCGUUAUGAAUCUGCUUACUCGGAUAGCCGGAUCAAUCAUUGAGCGCAAUCAGAUCUUCACAGAAGUCACUCCGGCCAUGCUGCAGAUGACCCAGAGCAUCGAUCUGAAACUUCAAGCGUUCACUUCCCCUUCUUUGGCCUCACCCGAAAAUGUUCCGCCAGGCAAGAGUACCGAGCAGUCCUUGUGUUUCCGAAACCUUUACUUUCGGUUAUGGUACUACCAACUCAUGGCCUGGUUACACCUGCCUCUCCUCCUAGCGUCAGGUACUGACGAUUCCUAUUAUUAUAAUCGGCAAACAUGUCUCCACGCCUGCCGCAACAUCAUCGCUUGCUAUGUCAAUAUCCGACGCACUACCGAAAACGGCUUUGACUCGAGGAUUACCGAUUUCCAAGCCUUCACUGCGGCAAUGACAAUCAUUAUCAAUGCACUCAGACCAUCUAGCACACAUGACUUCACCAAGGAGGAUUACCUAGCUCUCGACCGGGUUGUGGCUAUUCUAGAGCAACUAUCAAAGAACGUUCCUCCAGACAAAAUUGCAACUCGCUCGUUGCACGUUUUGAAGCUUAUCAAGGCGAUAGGCAUGGGGACCGAACCCCCGCCACUUGACGAAUCUGAAGGAAACCAAUACGAGAAUGGAAAGCCUAGUCGCAUCAAGCUUGAUAUCCCUUAUUUCGGCACGAUAUACCUCGAACGUCGUGUCAUCCUCGAUCAUUCAACUAGAAAUAUCGCUGUGGUUAGUACGCCGCGGCCAACUAUGUCCAGCACUAAUCUAGGGCAAUACUACCCAUCAUCCUCAUGGAUAGGCACGAUCCCAGACCCCGGUUAUGCAAACGAGCAGGUUGCGGAAACUGCCCAAUGGGCGGAUCCCGGCUUGAGCUUUGAUCCGCCUACCGAGUUUUGGGCUCUCAAUUCUCAGUUCACGUUUCAGCCUCCGUUUUUGGCUGAUUACGAUAUUAAUUGGGAUUAUUGGGAUAUGAUGUUGUGA